AUGUCAGGCUCGAGGAGGAGCCUCCGCCGCCUGCCCUUUUACUUUCGGGCGCCGGCACUUGGCCGCAGGCUGCCGCCGCUGCUGGCCGGGCCCCCCUCACCCCCUGCGCUAUGGGCACCCCGCACUUCUAAGGCGCCGCCCCGGGGGGGGGGGCACGGGGAAUUCAUUAAAAAUCGCUAUUUACGUGGUUAUUCAUUGCCCCGCUCCGGGUAUGUGAACAACCACCCCCCGCCCCCCCCGCCUCCCCUUCCAUCCACCCCCAGCGCCAUGCCGGCAGCCUGCACCCUGCUGCUGCUGCUGGGCUUGGGGCUGGUCCCGGUCCCACCGGCCGGGUCGCUGCCCCUCGCUUCCCCGCGGCGUGUUCCUCCGCCUCCCCCUCCUCCGCCUCCGUCCCGAAGCCGUCUCGGCCGCCCUUCCUCGCUUCCCGCCGCGGGACACGCCGGCAGCCCGGUCAUUGAAGGCAGCCAUCAGGAGAGAAGUUCAAGCCCGGAGAUGAGGACUGCUGGUGCUCCUGUGGAGUUGGUGACGAUGCUGGCUGGGAGCAGGGAGGGGGCAGUGCCAGCAGCAAGCAGGGUCACAGGGCACACUGGCCCCCCUGCCAGUGAUGGGGAUGUCACCCCUCCAGGAGCAGGAUCCCCAGAGAACCCAUCUGCUGGGACAGUGACCCACCUGCUCACCCCCAGCCAUCCUCCCGACCCUGGAAGCCAUCACCAUGCUGCAGACAGGCCAGGGAGAGGCAAGAGGUCUCUGGCUUCUCCCCACACCCCUGCAGCUGCUGAGGAGACACCACCAGGCUCGGAAGCUGUCAGCACUGAUUCGGCUGAGGGGAUGCAGGGAGGGCACCAUGGGGUCUGGAACGUGUCUGGGUUUGACAACACCGUGAGGACAGCGCUGCUACCUUCAUCUUCAGAACCGCAUCACCCAGGCACUGACAGCCUCUCUGGAGCCGUGAGCAGCUGGGUGGGCACAGAGCUGGGCAGCAGCCCUGCCAUGGGCACUGCAGCUGCUGCACCCAGCCCCUGGGGCAGCAGCCCCAGCACUGCCCUCCAUGCCCCCCUGGGACAGCCCCACGCCUCCUCCCAGGCUUCAAGUGCCCAGACUGGUGCAGAGCACACCGUGCUGCACCCCAGGGGUGUCACAGGCAACUUCACCAGGACUUUUCUGUCUGCAUCACCUCCCAUGGACAAUGCCUUUGGAGGCAUUGGAAGCAGCUACCAUCCAUCCAACAACUCGGCUACAGAGAGGUUCGGUUCGGAUUUCCCCACCACCAGCACCUCCAUUUCCACAACAGCUGCCAAGGGUGGAGGGAGGACAUUAAGGUCUCUGCCAGCCAGCACCAGGCUGGUCACCAUGGCAGAGAUUUCCACCCCUGGGACUGAAUUCAGCAGCUCUUCAGCCCAGAGUCGGACCCCUGAGGUGUCUGUGGGUGCUCAGGGUGAUGGAGGCAGAGGUGUCACAGACCCAUUGCUCUCAGGCUUGCCGUCCGUUUCAGGAAGCGCUUCCACAACUUCUAGCAGCAAAUAUGAACCCCUCAAGAGCAUCCCAGGUGCUGAAGAGGCGAUGCUACCCUUGGACAUCCAGGGUGAUGACAUGUCCAGCGUGGCAACAGGGACUCUGAUGUCCCCAGAAAAGGGCCACACAGCUGGAGUGACAAGGGACGCUGCCAGCACCAACCCCACAAGCUCUUUGGGUGGGACCUCCUCUUCCCUGAGGACUGGGACACAUCAUCCCAACAGCUCAUGGGAAGCCACCCAUCUCCCAGGCUCUCCUGGGGGUCCUUUGCUCACAAGCUCCCUCUCUGCCUCUGAAGGUCCUCCCCGAGGUGUCAGAAGCAGCCACCGACCAGUGGCAGAGGAAACCUCCCUCCCUUCCUCUGCCCCCAGCACUCCCGUUUCAGCCACGUCCAGCGGUGGUGGCAGUGGGAGACCACCCUGGGCUGCCAAGGGCUCCACGGCCAGCAGUGCCACGUACAGGACCUUGGGCACAACCCAAUCCUUGUCCACAUCUUCUGUGAGAGAGACCUCCAGAGCUCAGGGGUUCACAGGAAUGACAGAGUUCACCGAGGUGGCAGACUCCCCCCUAACACGUUCUGGCUCUCCUUUGGAAGGUCCUUCCCCAGCUACUGGAAGCAGCCAUGUGCCAUUCAGCAUCCUGUCAACAGAGAGAAGAACCAAUUUCCCCACCACCAGCACUUCCAUUUCCACAACAGGCACCAAGGGUGGAGGGAGGACGUUAAGGUCUCUGCCAGCCAGCACCAUACUGGCCCAAACAACAGAGGUUUCCACCACUGGUACUGAAGACAUCAGCUCUCCAGGCCAUUCCCAGUCUUCUCUGGGUGGUGGUGGCAGAGAUACCACCCUGUCAUCUGUGAACCCAUUGCUCACAGGCUCACCAUCUGCUCCAAAAAGCACUUCCCCAGCAGACAAGACCUCAGCAAUGGGAGGACGCCUGCCUCUCACCAGCACACCCAGUGUGGUGACAGCUACUGCCAGUGAGGAGAGCAGCACAGUGCCCAUGUUGGACACCCGUGGAGCUUCCAGCACCCUGGACACAGUCCUGCUGUCCUCAUCAGCAGCAGAGCCUGGGAUGCAGAGUAAUGUUUCACAGAGCGGUGCAGGACUCCAACAAAGUGAGCUUCCAACAAAGCUGCUGCCUGCGUUUUCUCCCAGCAUUUCAGUGCCUUCACCUUCAGCCACACUCUUCAUCCACAAGGAAGGGACAUCUCAAGCCACAGGUAGCCGCAGCACGUGGAGCACAAAAGCAGAAAGCCUCACAUCUCAUCUGGACACAGCUGGGGACACCCGCACUGUCCCUGUCCCGUCCUCCACAGCAUGGCCUCGAGUGACACAUAUGUCAUCUGGCCAAGCAGGGUCCCCAGAGCCCAAGGUCACCCUUUCAUCCAGAGUCUUCACCUACUUCUCAGCUGCUGCUGAAUCUUCCACCACUGGCAGCAGCCAUCGCUCCCUAAGCAGCUCAAGUGCUGAGAUGAGGAUGUCCAGCCCCAUCACCGAUCCCGUGUACAGUUCAUCCACGUCUGCGGGUGCUGAGGAGAGGAUGCUGCUCUCAGUGACAGAUGGCACUCUGGCUGGUGGCAUGGAGAGCUCUUCUUCCCAUGCUGGAGCUUCCAGCUCUCCAGGGCCGCCUGAGCCAGCACUGGUGGAGCAGGGCAGGACAGCCAACGCCUCCACCAGCAGCGGGGGUUUCACGGGCUUUGCGACGGAGACGGUCUUCGUACGUUCUGCCAAGAUACCCACUGACUCUUCUUUCCAAAACGAUCUCACAAACUUUUCAGGUAGCCAUCAGCCAGUCAGUAGCAGUGAUGCUGAGAAAAGGACCUCGGUUUCUCACACAGACGGCACAUACAUUUCAACCACAUAUACCAGAGGAGGAGAAAGGACCCUCCUGUCUAUCUCCAACAGCAGCACCUCUGCUGACUCCUCAGAAAGUUCCACCUUUUUUUCUGAAAUUUCCAGCCCUUUUGAUGCCUCACAGUCAUCUGUGGCUCAUGACAGGCAGACCAAUGCAUCAAACAGUAGCAGUUUUGUUGAACCAUCUACGGAGCCGUUGCUGGUGCACCCUUCCAAACCAUCAACGUCUGCUUCUACAGGCAGCAUAGAAAAUACAACUCUAUUCAACACUGCCUCUGAGCUGUUGACCACUGACAGAUCAUCUCUGUCUUCAUCAGCAUUUCCAGCCUCUUCCUCACUGUCAUCACUGUCAUCGACACCACCGCCAACUCAUCUGUUUACACUGUCAGAAUCACCUGAGCCACGCUCGCCCUCUGUGAUGGCAUCUUCACCCCCUAUGCAGGCUUUGUCGUCCUCCUUGCCCACUUCCUCCUUGCCCUCCCCAUCUUACUCAUUGGCAUCUUUAUUGAUUUCAUCACCCUCACCCAUCUCGCAGUCCAGUGGGAGUGAUCAAGCAAGCACCACCGUGGCUACAAGUGUGGUCAGGCAGGAGCCCUCCACAGCUGCCACAGCCAGGAGCUCACCCAGAGAGACCAACAAGCCCAAUGUCACACACCAUCCCCAAAAGAGCACCACCUUCACUCCCACCAGGUCACCUCUCCCUACGGAGCCCAUGGAGCUGCUUGGUGGACGCAUCGUGUCUGUGUCUGCUCCUGUGACAGUAACAGAGACUGCCUCACCUAGAGAUGCCACCACCCAAGGGGACAGCUUUGGGAAGACAACACCACUGCUCACCACAGCCAGUGUUACUCCACAGGCUGGUCCAACAGAUGCACCCCUUAGUCCCUCACCAAGUGCAACAAAUCCCAGCAGCAUUGUCCCUGCAGUGGCAGUGACCACGGUGAAACCUCCUGUGCUGACAACACCAUCCAGUCACCGGCCCACCCCAGGUGAGACCAGCACCAUGAAAGACCACAGGGCCCAGACACCCACUGCCACUAAGCACAGCUAUGCCACUGGUAAAAGCACAGAAGCCAUGGGUCCCACCACUGCAAAGCCUGGCAAGGAAAACAUCCCUGUUACAAGUCCUUCUCAAGCACCUCCAACCAUCAAGACCACUGCGAGCAUUGCAACUACUUUGGCUGCUACCAAACCAACCACUGCUCCUCCGUCGAGCAGCACGGUCGGGCUGAGGACAUCACCUCCAGCCACAGAGGUGGAUAAAUGUCUUUCCAACCCUUGUCCUGCACUGGCCACCUGCAACAACACCCAUGGCUCCUAUAUCUGUCAGUGUCCUCUUGGAUAUGAGCUGGAAAAAGGAAAGUGCAAUUUAGUGAGAAUAUUUAUUGGCCAGGUUCCCCUGAAACUUAAUACCACCCACGGGAAGUACACAGAGCUCUUCCACGUCGAGAGGGAGAUCCUGGAGGUGCUCAAUGCAUCGCUGUCAGGCUUGCCAGGAUACCACCACUCCACAGUUAAAGCAAGCAGGGAGACAAAUUUUGUGCAUGUUUCAGUGCAAUCCACGUUCUCUUUAGCAUCCAAUGUGACUUUCUUCGAUGUUAUCAGCAGUGUGAAAAGCUACAUUCGAGCUUGCAAAUCCCCCACUGAAGCCUGCCAGUUCAUAUCAAGCCUGAAAUUACUCCACAGAGCUGGCAGCUUGUGCAGACAGAAGGACCCUGAAUGUGACAAGGAAACCUCAGAAUGCACCGACUUCGAUGGAGUCGCUCUCUGCCAGUGCAAAAGUGGGUACUUCAAAUACAACAAGAUGGACCACUCCUGCAGAGCCUGCGAAGAUGGAUACAAGCUGGAAAACGAGACCUGCGUGAGCUGCCCCUUUGGCUUGGGUGGAUUCAACUGUGGAAACCCGUACCAGCUCAUCACGGUGGUGAUUGCAGCUGCAGGAGGGGGGCUGCUGCUGAUCAUGGGCAUAGCACUGAUCGUCACCUGCUGCCGGAAGAAUAAAAAUGACAUAAGUAAACUGAUUUUCAAGAGUGGGGAUUUCCAGAUGUCACCUUAUGCUGAAUAUCCGAAGAAUCCCCGGGCACAGGAGUGGGGCAGAGAGACCAUCGAGAUGCAGGAGAAUGGAAGCACCAAGAACCUGUUGCAGAUGACAGAUGUGUAUUAUUCGCCAACUGGACUAAGAAAUCCUGAACUGGAAAGAAAUGGACUUUAUCCUCCCUACACUGGUUUGCCUGGAUCUCGACAUUCAUGCAUCUACCCUGGACAAUACAAUCCAUCCUUCAUUAGUGAUGAAACCAGAAGAAGAGACUAUUUUUAGCAAAGAGUGGAGAGGGAGUGGAAGAUUGACACAGUUGUGUGGCCCUUAAUUCCCAGGUACAAUCUGUCUCCUGGGUAGUUGAGGCCACAUCAGUCUUACUCUUCCCAUUUAACAGGAAGGACUUUGAACUUCAUGCUGAGCAUUGCUGCCCUGAGGGACGGUCACAGUUGCUGAGCAUCAGAGAGGAGGAGGAAGAGAAGGGAAUGGCUCAAGAAGCACAUCACUAAAAGACCCUGUGGGAAGCUAACACGUGUACUCCUUUUUCAUUCUUCAUUCUUGGCGUUACAUGGGCAAGCAUGGAUCAGUACAGGCAGAUGAACUGUGCCCAGCACUCUGCAUUGAAUACCACUAGGGAGUGUCUUGUUUACAGAUCUCGUUCACUGUUGACUGUGCUUGUCUUCCUAGCCAGCCUUCACGCAAAGCUUCACUGUGCAAUUGCUUUUGGUCAGGCAAGUUUGUCCUCUCCAUUUUAGACCACUGCCUUGCUGUCAGCUUCGUGCAGGAUGGAAACCUGGCUUGUCUUCUGGCCCUAGCCUUUGUAUUGGUAAAAGUUCUCCAGAUUCCCGAGUCCUUGCCAAAACCCAGUGUCUGGCAAUAUUGGCUGAAUUCAUGGGUUGAUUGUCUCCAAGGAGUGCAGGAAGGUUGGUCACACCACUGCAAUUUUGACAGAAAAAAGGCACAGUUGUUCCUCUGUGCUGCUUUGAAAACCUUCUGUAUAUAGGGAAUGUUGUUGUUUUGUCAACCAAUAUUGUUCAGAAGUGAUGCCACUACAUGCUAUCGUGGUGCUUCCAUUUGGGAUCCUUUGGGGCUCUGUUUCCCUGCAAUGAUUUAAAUGCCUAUAGACACAGCAAUACAAUAUUAAAUAAUUACUCACAGGGAAGAAGAAGAUGAUCUGUGACUUCAGAAUGAUUUUUAUUUGGAUUCUGUGAAGGAGUAAUAAUGCUAUAGCCUUGGCUGGGCAGAGGAAUCUGAAUUCUGGGCAAUGAAGGUGGGAUUUCAAACCUCCACAGUCCACCUUGAAUUUGUAGGCACUGUGGAGACUUUCAGUGCAUUGAAAAAGAGGGCUUACUGCAGUCAGUUGCAUUUAAGAAAGAGAAAAACAUGAUGCUUGCAAUCCUAGCAUAGCAAAGAUCACUUAUGUUGAAGUGUUUUUCUUUCUUCCAUCCUAGUUUCGAGUGACUCAGACCAGGCAAGUUUCCUCACCCAGGUGUGUUCAUUCAUAUUAGCAGAAGCUGGAGAAUGUAAGUUAUUGCAUGUCUCACCAAAGAUCAGAUUGAAACUCAUGGACUGUGUUCUGACUUAAAGUGAGUGUUGGAAGAGAUCUUACUAGUCACAGAACCAUGGAAUGGGUUGAGUUGGAAGGGAUUUUACAGAUAUUUUUUUUCCAACUCCUCGCCAUAAGCAGGGAUGCCUUCCACUAGACCGGGUUUCUCAAAGGCCCAUCCAAUCUGGCUUUGAACACUUGGUAACUUCUCUGGGCAACCUGUUUCAGUGCCUCACCAUUCUCACAAUGAAGAAUUUCUUUCUUGUAAUGAAUCUAAAUCUACCUUCUUCGCUUUAAAAUCAUUUCCCUUGUCCUAUCCCCAUAUGACCUUGCGAAAAUCAGCUUUCUUGUAGGCCUCCCUUAGUUACUGGAAGGUGCUCUAAGGUCUCCUUGGAGCCUACUCUUCUCCAGGCUGAAGAGCCCCAACUUUUCUCAGACUGUCUUCAUAGCAGAGGUGCUCCAGCCUCUGAGCAUCUUCGUGGCCUCCUCUGGCCUCAUAUCUUCUUAUGGGACCCCUGAACACAGCACUGCAGGUGGGGUCUCAGGAGAGCAGAGCAGAGACAGAGAAUCCCCUCCCCAGCCUGCUCUAGUGCUACCCAUGACACAAUUGCCUUUCUGGGCUGUGAGAGCACAUUGCUGGGUCAUGUUGAGCUUCUCGCCAACCAACACAUCAAGUCCUCUGGGCUACUUUCUAUUCUCCAACAUUUGUGCUUGGGACUGCCCCAACUCGUAUGCGGGAAAUAUAAUUAAAUAUCAUUAAGUAUAUUUGCCACUUAUCUUUACUGCACUGUUAAUCUGAGUCACCCAAAGCCUGUUUAGAUACAAGGUCCAGAUUUGGUUUCUCCUCUUGAAUGUGAAUGUGCUUUUAAUUCAAGGUGGCUGCUUGUAUAAGGAUAACAAAUAGCACAGUUCCUUCGUCACUAACUCACCAUAUCUGUAGUUUGUACAUAAACUGAUAUUCCCUUCUCCCCCACCAUGCUUUAAAAGACACAGUGCCUACAAAUAAGUAGCUCAGCUCACUGAAGCACUGAGGAUCACGGGGUGCAUCCCCCAAAGUGCCUAACCCCAGUUCAGAUGCCCAUGUAUUGUGUGGCUGCUCACCGGAGGCAAACUUGGGGCGAUGAGGAGCUCUCCAUCAGGGAGCAGAUGCUUGCAUCCUACAGAAGGUGUGAAUUCCCAGAUCCUUUCCCAGCACUUUAAAGGCUGUUGUGUUCCUUACCAAACAUCAGUAACAGGUAUCCAGAGGGAAGUGAGACAGCAACAGGCAAUUAUAAGCUAUGUUGGCCUAGAAGUUUCUGGUCCCUGCUCACGUCUGUCUUGUUUUCUCAAAACUUCAAGACAGGAAAGGAGCCACUGAUGUGCUUGAGAAGGCACAGUUAGGUGCACCAGCUACAGCACACAAACAGUGUCUUUUUUAUGCCUCCACUCUUGUCUUCUGUGUAGACGCAGCAGUGUGAGCUUGCAGAGAAACAGAGCUUUAUGGACACCUAGGGCAGUACCCUUUGCACUUACACAACCUUUUGGUGACAAUGCAUGCAACUUCACACCUGUCUGAUCCAUAAUCAGCCUUGCAGCUGGUAACGCACAGCUGAUCUCAGCUGUAGGGGGAAAGGAAUAGAUGCUCAUGGGAAGUACAGCUGCCUAAAGGAACUGUAUUUAAGGAAAGCUCUACUUACAGUGUCCAUAGUAUUAUACCAGGUAAAGCACAAGAAUUAGCUGUUCCCUGCCAUGCUGAUCAGAGUUUUCAUCCAGGACAGAAAGGACUGCCUUUCCCACAGUAUGGAGCAGAGCUAUGUUUUUGUUACAAAAGAAAAGAAGAAAAUGCAAUUCAUGCUAAAUCUAAAUCCAAAGCCUAUAGACUGGACUUUGUUCCUUUUCAGUGAAGCAGCUUGUGAUAAGGACGUGUCCCAGCAAUCACAAGAAUCCCAUGAUUUACCCAUGCCAGCAUGUCCUCAGCUGGGGAAGCAUUGAGGCCUAUGCUGAUAGGCAGAGAUGUUUAACUGCUUGGUUAGGUCAAAGACCAGGAGAUGAACUCCUGCAUGUCAACUACCAAGGCAAAGUAUGGCACACCAACUCAAUUGCAGAUCAGCCCUUCUGCACAAAGAGUAUAUGAACAAAACUUCUGGUCUGUAUCUCCCAGCACAUUGCAAAUUGCAAGGGAUUUGACUGGAAUUGAGAUAGGACUAUUUCUAAUGAGAGCACACAAAACUUUGCAAGUAAUAAUUUUAAUAACUUAACAGUCUUCAAAUUCUUCUUGAAUUGUAUCUGGAGGGAAAGAGUCUCAGUAAAUCCAGCAGGAUUUUGUGAGUGAGGACUGCAAAACUUGGAAUUUUCUGAAAGAGUGUUAUUGCACUGAAAUUUUCUCUCUCCCAAUGCAGGUAAAUAUUGGGGCAUUUGUUAUGUGGAUUUAUCCAUUGCAGCCUGACCUUCUAUGUGGCUUGGGUAAGAAAAGAGUCUCAGAGCCAAUGCACAGUCCACAGAAGGAGAAGGAAAAGGGUCUCUCCUGAGCUGCCACACCUCCUCUGGAUGUCUUAGGAGGCCCUGCCUGCAGGCAAGAGAGGGGUUUAGGCAGGAUGAGUCAACACCCAGAUGAGUGCAGGUGCUUCCCCCUCCAGUAUACCAGGAAGCUUUUGGGAAGGUGACAGAGGCAGCCUGGGGUGAUUCAGCCCCUGGGUCUCCACCAGCCCAGCUGCAGCCUGUGCUGCAGUGCUUCUGUCUUCAGGCAGGCACCACUCGCUCCCAGCUGCACUGGGACAGAAGGGGUGGGUGCAGUGCACUGUACUGUGUCACAAUUUAUGAUGGUUGCUUUACUGCAGUGUUCACUGCCUCACCCCAGUUUUACAGACUCGCCCAGCCACAGCAGGGAUGUGGGCAGUGCUUCAGUGCAGGUUGUCUCUGUGUAAAGCUGCCACCAGGAUUCUCUCUGUGUCUGCCAUGAACAAAGCACCCUUUGGCAGUGGAGUGGGGCUUGUUUUUCCUCUUGGGUAUAAGAAGGGUCUCUAUGUGCCCUCAAGCCCACUUUCAGAAUCAGAUGCUUCUCUGUUCACAACCUAACUCCCUGUAGGAUGUCUAAAUACUGCAAAUUAUUUCCCAUCUCUCUUUUAGAUUAUUUCUAGCUACCCCAAAUUGAAAAUUUUGAGCACACUGGAUGAUUUUGCCAAGGGGAAUCACUCUCCACUAUGUGAGAGGAUAGGAGGGAAGCAGCAUGUUUUUGGUAUGGAGAAUGCAAGUAGUUCAGUCAGAUGCGGGGAAAGGAAGAAAGACUACACCAACACUGCUCAUAAAUCUGUUAUUGCUCCUGGCUGCUGUGGAAAGUGAGGGGAACAGUCAGCAAUGACCCAUGGGCAGUUGUGUGGUUGUGUUUUUAAUUAAAUUUGGAAAAAAAUGCUAAUUCUAUUGCUUGACAGGAAAAACUGUGAGAGGCAUGUGUUUGUUGCUAUGGUGCUCUGCCAAUUAUAUUGACAAGAUGCCUUACCCACAAAAAUACCCCUGAAAGCAUAGGAGAGGCAGUCCCAGUGACCUGAUCAGCAAAACACAGAUUUGAGGAAUCUUUCAAAAGGCAUCUUGAACAUACAGUCUUCCUGUGUCCUGCUGCUUGCCCUGACCAGUUCUUCCAGCUGCACUGGAAAUCAGGAUUUUUUCACACUGUUGAAACAUUACAGCACUGAAUUGGGCUAUAAGUGGAAAAAGCAGGCCAGGUUUUCCCCCACACUGGAACUGUUAGGUUUUAUAGCAGCAAUAAAUCCCAUUGCUCUAGUGGCAUUUCCCAUAAGACCCACUGGCACAGUCAUGUACUGAGUUACCACUCAUGAACAGCCUUAUGAAAGUUAUCUGCCUCCACACUGCAGGGUAGUAAAAGGCUUUAAAAACAGCAAUAAAUUACAGUUAGAGGGAGGUAUUUAUCAUUGUGAAAUAGUUUGUGCUGAUACUUGUACAGAUUGUUUGCUGGGACCUGAAUGAGCACAGAGUGGGUUUGGACACUGCUGCAGAUACAUCGAGUUGCUUUCCUGGGAUUUGUCUCUGAUGCUGGUCAAUGGUCACAUCCAUUCCAAAUCCAGCUGGAAUUUUCAUUCCCUAAUAGUAAUCUUUAGCUUUCUUCUUUAAAUUAACAAGAACAGAUGCAUUUUAGUUAAAUGCUCUUCCUAUGCUUACUAAUGUUUUUUCCUCUUUACACACAAAGGAUGAAGUCCAGCAUCCCUACAGUGACUGGGGUAAUUCUCCCAUGGACUGCAAAGUUCUUUUUCAGGCCUGAAUUACUCCACCACCAGGGUCACUUGUGUGUAGUACAUGCUUUCCCAUGGCUCUGUCUCUAUAUUUCUGUGAUACUGUUCUUGCCUUUCCAUGUUGUAUCUAUCUUCUUUUUAAAGCAUACUUAUUACUGUAGCAGGACCUGUGUUAUGCGAGAAUGAACAAAACAGCUUCAAGAUCUGAAACAGUUUCCUGGGAAGAGAAUGACUGUGAAUUUUGUGUAGUUGUUUUACUGGUCAGCCAGCUUCUUUCAUGUAAUAUCUAGGGAUAUAGAGAUGCUUCCUGCUGUCACACAUAUCAACUGCUCUGCAGAUCACUCUUGCCUGUCCCGUUAGAAAUUAAGCAAGAUCUUCUAGUUUCAGAAUGGGUAUGUCCUAUAUGCUUGUAAGAGUUUGGUACCUUUUCAAUGUACAUUUAAUUCUUCAUUCCCUUGAGCUGCUGAAAUUGAAAAGCAGGAGAGAAAUUCAUGAAGGAUUAAGAAGUACCAAAAUUAAAAAAAAAAAAAAAGUAUAUGCUUACUUAUUCUGGAGAAGUGUGACUUCAGUACUGUGAGGUUGAGUGUGGGAUGACACCUCUUGUGUGUUUAGUCUGUGUUGUAUAAUAUCCUUGUUGAGAGAGCACCUAGCAAGGGUGCCUGAUGUUCCUCCAAGGUGGUAUUGAAAUGCUAAGUCAUUCAUUCUCUAUUUCAAUAAAAUGCUAGAAGGGAUGGGAGUCUUACUUGGGUUAAUGACUGCAGCACGCAGCCCCCAGAUCAGCAGAAUCCUGUAUGGAAAAGUCCUGUGGAAUACAGUGAACACUGAUCGCUUCUCUUGAAUGUGGCUGUAGAAUUUGCUGGACAUAAAAAGUCUUCAAUGAAAUCUACUAGGAUGUGUUUGCUUUAAAGAAAAAAAAAAAGAAGCUCAACAGGAUAAAUAUUUACUACCUUCAUUUUUAAAGGAAAUUCUGUUCUGUUAAACUCAGUAAUUUGCUCUAAACCCAUUAAAUUCUACAGGACUUUCUCCUAGCGGAAGGUGAAACUUGGUGUGUAAAAUCAUAACGAUUUAUUUAAGCAGCUUUUAGAAUAGCAGCAGUAAAGUUCACCUUUUGUGACCUCUCUUCCAAAAGAUAAAUUUUCAGCAUCUAUUUGUUCUUCUUUACAACUUGAAUGUAAACCUGCUUUAUGUUCUUGACAUUGCUCCACUCCCUUUCCUCUGUCUCUGAAUGUUUGCUUCCAAGUCUCUGGGGUUCUGAGGAUGUUUUCCAAACCAGUAUUAUUUAAAGUUGUAUCAUAUUUUCAAUCUCCACUAAUUAUACAGUACUGUAGUAGCAAAAUAUAAUUUUUAAGGAUUGGAUUAUUUUUAUACCUGCAUCCAAUAUUAUUAAAUCUGGCGUUCUAGUCAGUAUCAUAAAAGGAUACAAUAAAAUAAUGACUAUUACUA